AUGGAUGCCAUCGAGGAUUGUGCGACACGCGCGGUAGGCGCCAUCGGUAGGCAACUAGGUCAUCUCAUCGGCUUGAUCAAUCCAGCAGCCCCCCGGCGAUAUCCCUUUCUAUCACGACCCCUUAGCCAUCAACCGAUCAUCAACCUUGCGACAAAGGCAACACCACUCAUAAAACUAACGCAAUUGUUUUUCAAGAAACUCUCGAAACACGGCAUCAUGAACUGUCGAACACUACCGUCAUUUACCCCGAUGAAUUCUUAUCAACUCGAACGUUUAUGCCAAUCUGCUGAAAACGUAUCUCCCUGUCUCGAAGAACUUUUGAUAUCCUUGGGCGAACUUGAUACAACUCUUGAAGAUCGACGUCUCGAUACCCUGUUGCCGAUCAUCACUAAAUCAGCUGAAGAUACUGCUAGUACUUUAUCAGCUUCGUUGUUAUCUGUAGUGCUUUACCUUAUUCCUUUAAUCGACAGUCUUCCAGAACAGAAUUACUACCAGAGUUGGUUUGCUACCUGGAACACUCAGAUCAACAUAGCCGUUCGGAACGUUGUUCAAGUCGCAAGAGAUCUAAGAGAUCUUCAAUAUGACUCUGAGGAUGAUUCCGAUUAG